AUGUCUCAAGCCACAGCGCGCAUCCUUAGCAGCGGCGUCCGACUGCCGCCGCUGCCGAGCAUACGGGAUUUGGUCAAACUGUAUAAGUUGCAGGCCAUGAAGCAGCUCAGCCAAAACUUUCUCAUGGACGAGCGUCUGACGGACAAGAUCGUUAAGUCAGCUGGUCGCAUAGAUCAACGCGAUAUUGUCUUAGAGGUAGGUCCUGGUCCCGGUGGCAUAACGCGCUCCAUUCUGCGUCGCCAGCCGCAGCGUCUGAUGCUUGUCGAAAAGGAUGCCAGGUUUACCGAAACGCUGCAACUGCUGCGCGAAUGCGCCCGCCCCCUUGAAAUGCAGGUGGACAUCUACCAUGAGGAUAUUUUGCGCUUCAACAUCGAACAGCACGUGCCGGACACCGCUCAGCGCUUGCAUCUGAUUGGCAAUUUGCCGUUUGCCAUCUCCACCCGCCUGCUUAUCAACUGGUACGAGGAUUUGGCGGCACGACGCGGCGCCUUUCGGCGAAACGACACCUGCAUGACGCUCACCUUCCAGAAGGAGGUGGCCGAGCGCAUUUGCGCCAAGCUGGGCAGCGAUCAGCGCUGCCGUCUCUCGAUCAUGUCCCAAAUCUGGACAGAGCCGGUGCUCAAGUUCAUCAUACCGGGCAAGGCGUUUGUGCCCAAGCCACAAGUGGACGUUGGCGUUGUGAAAGUUAUACCUCUGAAGAAGCCCAAGACGCAGUUGCCGUUCUCGCUCGUGGAACGCGUCGUGCGCCACAUCUUCAGCAUGCGCCAGAAAUAUUGUCGCCGUGGCUACAGCACCCUGCUGCCGCCAGACGGACGGGAGGAGACAACACACGCGCUCUUCCAGUUGGCCGAUGUGCAGGAUACGCUGCGUCCCUUUGAGCUGUCCGUGGACGAGUGUCUGCGCCUCGCCCACGUCUAUGCAGACCAUGUGGCCGCACAUCCUGAGCUAGCAAGCUACGAUUACCGGGCGCCAAAGCAGGCCCUCAAUCUGGAAUGCCUGGCAUGAGUCAACGAUUUCAUAGACUUCAUCUGUGUAUAUUAUAAAAAUUGUAUUACAUAAGUAGUUCGGUAAAUAGAGACUACAUAAAAAUUGUAA